AUGUGGCUCUGUGUCCUUGUCCCGGUGUCUCUCAUGGCUUGCACGGCUUGGGGGCACCCAUCCUCACCACCUGUGGUGAACACCUUGCAUGGCAAAGUCCUAGGGAAGUACGUCAGCUUACCGGGGUUUGCGCAGCCUGUGGCCGUCUUCCUGGGAGUCCCAUUUGCCAAGCCCCCUCUUGGAUCCUUGAGGUUUGCUCCACCGCAGCCUGCAGAGCCAUGGAGCUUCGUGAAGAACACCACCUCCUACCCUCCUAUGUGUGCCCAGGACCCAGUGGCUGGGCAGAUAGUUAAUGACCACCUAACCAACAGAAAGGAGAAAAUUCCUCUCAUCUUUUCUGAAGAUUGCCUGUACCUAAAUAUUUAUACUCCUGCUGAAUUGACAAAGACCAGUAGGCUGCCGGUGAUGGUGUGGAUCCAUGGAGGUGGACUGGUGGUGGGCGGGGCAUCGACCUAUGAUGGACUGGCCCUCUCUGCCCAUGAGAAUGUGGUGGUGGUGACCAUUCAGUAUCGCCUGGGUAUCUGGGGAUUCUUCAGCACAGGGGAUGAGCACAGCCGUGGGAACUGGGGUCACUUGGACCAGGUGGCUGCACUGCGUUGGGUCCAGGACAACAUCGCCAACUUUGGAGGGAACCCAGGCUCUGUGACCAUCUUUGGAGAGUCAGCGGGAGGUGAAAGUGUGUCUGUGCUUGUGUUAUCUCCACUGGCCAAGAACCUCUUCCAUAGGGCCAUUUCUGAGAGUGGUGUGGCCCUGUCUCCUGGUCUGUUUGCGAAGAAUGUCAGGUCAUUAGCUGAGCAAGUUGCUGUUACUGCUGGAUGCACUCUCACCACCUCUGCUCCUAUGGUUCACUGCCUGCGCCAGAAGACAGAACAGGAGCUCUUGGAGACUACAAUGAAAUUGGGCCACUUCUUUGUUCCUGUUGUGGUUGAUGGAGUUCUGAUUCCAAAGGCACCUGAAGAGAUUCUGGCUGAAAAGAAUUUUAACACCGUCCCUUACAUUGUUGGAAUCAACAAGCAAGAGUUUGGGUGGAUUUUGCCCACGUCGAAAGGCUUUCCACUUUCUGAAGUACAAUUCAACCAGAAUUUGGCCACCUCACUCCUGCAGAAGUCUAAGCACAUGAUGAGCUUAUCUGAGAAACUAAUUCCAGUGAUCAUUGAGAAGUAUUUAGAAGGGACAGAUGACCCAACCCAAACUAGAGAUCGGUUCCUGGACUUGCUUGCAGAUAUGGUAUUUGGUGUUCCAUCUGUGAUUGUGUCCCGUGGCCACAGAGAUGCUGGAGCUCCCACCUACAUGUACGAGUUUCAAUAUCGUCCAAGCUUCUCACCAGACAUGAAACCCAUGACAGUGAUAGGAGACCAUGGGGAUGAGGUCUACUCUGUGUUUGGUGCACCAAUUCUAAGAGAGGGUGCCUCAGAAGAGGAAAUCAACCUCAGCAAGAUGGUGAUGAAAUUCUGGGCCAAUUUUGCUCGGACUGGAAAUCCCAAUGGGGAGGGACUGCCCCAUUGGCCAGAGUAUGACCAAAAGGAAGCAUAUCUAGAGAUUGGUACCACCAUCCAGGCAGCCUAUUGGCUGAAAGACAAGGAAGUAGCUUUCUGGACUGAACUCCUGACCAAUAAGCAACUACAACCAGAGCACACCGAACUGUGAACAAUCGAUCUGGGGAAAGCCAAAGAGCCAACACAUGCAUAUUCUACAGAAGGUGUUUGUAGGCCAAGGAGGCAUUUUAUUGUGAAGACUGGAGAGUUGUGUGGUAAGGAUG